UCGCCUGUGGCGUCACAGGGCGGGAGUUUGUUUGCCGGAGGGGGAGAAAGUUGGGGUCCUCCUCUCCAGCCCUGCCGUUAAGUCACACGGCUCACAAAGCCAGCAGCUCUCAAGCGACGGGGUGGGGAGACAAGGCAGCCGCUUAAGAACCCUGCUCUGAGGAAUUGAGCAGUGCGCCUUUCAGAGCGUCAAAAAAGUUACUUGUUUGGGAAGACAACUGCCAGCAUCUCCCAACAGCCAUCCAGAAAAGUAACGUUAAGCUCCACCUUUCCGAUGGGAGCCGAAAGGUUCUUUGGAUUCCUCACUUUGCCUUCUCCAACCAGGCAACGUCACCUUAAAUAAAUAAUAAACAACAUUCCCGGUUCUGUUGUAAGCAUAUGGGAAUUAUACGUGGAAGUUGUCAGGCUGAGGAAGGCUAGGUAAGGCAAGGCUGAAGUGAACUGAAUCCAAUCCUUCUGCUAAGAUUUCUGUACCCUGUUCUGUCUCCAAGGUCAGGGUCAGGGAUUUGAAAUAACAAGGCAGAGAGACUUAGGGCUUCAUCUCUCCUCAAGCAUGUGUAUAGUACAGUACACUAUGUGCAAAACAGAACCAAAAGAGAAGAGCAGCUUGGAUGAGACUAAAGACCAGUCUCGUGCCUGGCUCCAAAUCAGUAUAAUGGGUAUGACAGGGCUCCCUUGCAGGGUUUAUUAAAUUGAUAUAUAGUACAUGCAUAUUGGAGAAAUAUGUUAGAUGUUGAUUCACAGGUUUUGUGUUGUUGUUUUGCAAAGCAAUCCAAUGCUAUUGUUUCUUAUUUAAAGAAUAACAUAUUCAUAACAUGUUGCAUUUUACUGUGAGAGCUUGGAAACAGCACACUUAAAAAAUAAUAAAAACAGCUAAAUAUUCAUCUAAGUGGAUCCCCAGGGCAUUGUAGAAAUUAACAAGUAACUCUGCAUCAAAAAGUGAUGACUCUGCAACUCAUUAUGCUAUAAUUUAAAUAAGACUUUUUUGACUUUGUUACCCCAUCUCCAAAGUAAUUGCGUCACAGGUAACACAUACACUUGGAAGGUGCCGCUUCUAUAUCCUGCUUGCAUUAAUGUCUUCCUUCAGAGAAACAAUCCCCAAAUGUCAAUAGGAUCAUUUGCCAAAGAGCCUUGCUUGUCCUGCUGAGCCUUGAAGUAACCAAACCCAGAAUUGGGCAACAUCUUGCAGAUGUGGUUGCAACAGAACCCUGAUGAAAGAAUGGGGCUGUAGCAGAAGGUCACAGCAGUUUGGUUUUGAAUGCUUUCUUAGGCACAGGAACACUGGAUUCAGCUCCUAUAAGCUAAGCAUCAAGACUGAAUCCAAGCCAAUUUGCAUCUGUCUGCAGUUAUGAGGAAUGAACACAACAAGCACAACGAGCCAUGUUGACUUGCAGGCUUUUCCUUCCCACUUGCUGAAGAGAAAUUUCUCUGGUGUGAAGAAAGAUCCAGUGAAGGAAGAACCAGAAGCAGAUGUGAAGUCUGAGCCAUUCUUCCCUCUUUCCACAGAGGUCCUGCAACGGUGCAUGACCCGAGGAGCUGAGAGGCAGCUGUGGCUACUCAGAAGCUCUAGCCAUGUCUCUGAUGAUCCCUGUGAAGGUUGGACUAGGAGCACUCCCAAUUCCUCACAGACUGAGCUCUCAUUCAGUGAGCCUGGGGGACAGCAGGAGGCCCUCGGUUCAGAUUACACAAACCUCACAUUCGACCAGGACUUGUCACAUAGCAAGCUGAAAGACUGUAACCUGGGAGAUACGGUAACUGCUGCGACUCUGCCAAUCCAGGAAGGGCUGUUGGAAGAAAGCCUCCACUUUAGCCUGGCAGAGAGGCAGAUUGUCCAGUCAAACGAGCAGCUAGUGCAAGAGGUGCGUGCCUUCCGGCAGGAGUAUGCUGAAAGCCGCAGGGAGACGGCCUCCAUCUUGCACAGCAUGGCUGAAGCCCUAAGUGGUAUCUGCAGCAGCCUCUCUGAAAUCCGUGCUCUCUACCUCCGCCAGCAAGCAGUACCCAAGCAAUGAGGGUCCUCUCAGGAGAAGACCCUCACCGUUCAUAGGCACAGUGUAUACUUUAUAACUCCACAAAGUGUAUCUACAUGGGAAAGAAUUGCUUCUGCUAUUACAGAUAAUUUAUUCAUUUGCUUCCAGGACAGAUUUUUGCCUCAGAGCUUCCUGGUUUCCAGCCUUCCAAUUCCAGCUCAAUAAAACUCUGAAAUAGUGAUCUCUAAGUGGUCAUUCUGCCUGUUGUGCCCUUAUAUCACAUUAGCUAAACAGUCAUUUUUGUUUUGCUUUACCCAGUUUUGCUCUCCACCGAGGAACUGCAAUCUUUUUUCUUAAACAAUGCCAGCCCAAAGGGUGCAUCCAACUGGCUCCUUUUCCCCCAGGGUCAACAAUGAAUCAAGCCACAAAUGCCUAGGGCUGUCCUACUGAGAUGCCUAAAGCUUGUGGCAGAGCCUUUUUAUGUUUACCAGGUACUUUUUUGAACUACAGCUCCCAUGAUGCCACAGACCAUGCUGGCUGUUGCAUUCUGGGAGCUGUAGCGCCCCCCCCCCCAGUAUCAUUGCCUGUUUCUGGAUUUUACCAUUUUUAUCAUUUAAUCAUUCACACUGGAGCUAUGCUGUUAACCAGAUGUCAAUAUUCUUCUGUAAAUCAUCUGAGUAUUAUGGCCUAACUUAACAGAGAAAUACUGCAUAAAUAGAACGGUCUUAUUAGAUUCCAAUUCCUAGAUAAAAUCCACUUACUGGUAGAAGAUGUUUAUCCUAUGGCAGAUUAUUGGUGAAAGAAACCCAUUUAAAAAAAUCUUGCUCCUAGAUUGGAAAAAGGCUACUCAGUGGAAAUAAAUUAACAUCCCUAUUAAUGUGGAACAUAAGACCCUCAGGUCUCCCCACACUGAUCCAAGAACAUGUGAUCUUUGCAACACUGACUAGCUGGUAGACUGGCUUAAAAAACGGGGGGGGGGAGAGAGAGAUAUAGAAGAGUGUUCGUAUAUAGUCAGUUGACAAGUUAUGAAGCAAGUAAGAGGCCAAAACGCCCUGUUUCAGCCUGGUCCAGAAAGAACUAUUUGGGUUUUUGAGGAAUGGCUGCUUCAAGGAGAUAGACAAGAAAGAGAGAUGCUGAACCUCUGUAAAGGGAAGGAAAAUAAUAAAAAUGUAAUCAGAACAGUAGGCUCACACAGGGAAGAAGCUGAAGGAAUUGUAUGCCAAGACUACAGAUCCAAACUGAAGUUUAUGUUGCCAUGGCAAUCAAACUUUUGUUAGUUUUUUAACAGACACUGGCUAGGCUAGUGUGACAUAGGUCCCCCCCCCACAUUUCAGUUUUUUUCCAACUCUGUGGACACCUCAUUGAAAGUUAGCCCCACUGUAUUUAGUCAAGGUUACUUCUGAGUAGACAUAAUUGUAGUUAGUGAACUAGAGGGAGAAUUUACACAUUAGGAAUGAGUGAAGCUUACUUUUGCAGUUGUAUGUAAAUGUUACUGCUCUUUGAGUCUACUUUUGAGUUCUACAAAUUACCCGCGGAUGCUUAUAUCGUCACAGGAUAAGCAAACAGAUUUCUAAUUUCAUUUCCACCAUAGCCACCAACAGCAUUAACAUUAUUUUCCUUUCCUAAGCUCUUUAAUGUUCCACAUGUAAGAGUUGGUAUUGUAUCUUCUAUUAAGCACUGUUUUCUAGGACCUUCUGUCUCUGGUCCAGGUGAGGAAAAAAGUACCUGCCAGAUCUUUUAGGUUUCAGUUCUCAGAAGUCUAGCCAGCAGUGAUUCCUAUGAUAAGAGUCACAGCCCAAAAUGUCUCCACAGCCAGUGGUUCUCUAACCUUCAUUUAUGCACCACCUCUUACGCUUACACGAAGAAGGCAGAUGAACAGAAAGGGGGAGAAAGAACUUGAUCAGUAUUUACAAUUUUAAUACACAUUUUAGUAAACAUUGUGUGAUGCAAACACUUGCCAUUUUUUACUGUAACAUAACUUAGCUGUACCGACUGCUGCUGGAAUACAGAGGGACCACAGUGGGAACAAAUUUUGAGCAAGUGGUUGGAGGCCAUACAUGCCUCCUGUCCCAAACUGGUGUCUUCUUAAUGGCACACCACAGCUCAGAAGGAGAUGCACUCUCACUAGAGGUUCUCUGGAAACAAGCAACAAACUCUGGGUCUGCAAGGUUGUGUUUUACUGAGGGGAAAGGCCCAAAACAGGAGUGACACAGUGUCUCAUUCCCCUUCACAAUGGAUCCACUGACUACCCCAGUUGCCAAGAGCCAUGAAUUCCUGGAAACCAUCAUGUGAAUGCACUUUUGCAUGCUUGCACAAGGACUGUCUUUGUACUCUGGCUGGGUUAAUCAUCUCUCCAGCGAGUGACACAAAAUACCUUGCACCCUCAUUUCCACAGAUGAGACCUUGCUGUAAUCUGAGGAGAAAGACAAGUUUAAACCUGCACUGACAGACUGGGUGGGCUGGUUAGGAAGAAGCCAUGCAGCAACAAUACAGGCAAUGCUGCAGGAAGAACGAGGAACCUCCACAGGAAAUAAGGCUACACUGCAAAGGGAAAGAGGGGCUAGUUUAAAAGGCUUCACGGACAUUCAACCACUGACUGCAAAGCUGAGAAGGGGAGGUUUGGUUGAAGAGCCACUGUACAUGGGUCUAUUUUAGCUGUUAUUCUUUAGUGAAAAGAAAGGAGACCAGGCUAAGUGGCUGAGUUACAAUCAAGGCCAGACCUGCUAUUAGGCAGAGUUCAGUCACAGCUGAUGCAGGGGAUUGUGGCAGUCCUCUGGCUGUUUCUCCCAAGCUGUCCUUCAUCUUUUAUCCUCUGUCAUCUUCUCUUGCUCCCCAUGUUCUGCUACCAGUAAGAUUCAACUGACAGAACCACAUUCUAUAUGGAGGUGGAGCACCGUCUUGUUUUCACCUCAGGCUGUAAAAUGGCUGGCCAUUGUUAGAAUAUUUUGAAAUACGAAAUACAGUCCUGUGUCCUGUCAUGAGAGGCUCUCAAGGACAUUUUCACACACAGGAUUUAAAAGAGAUCCUUGGUGCAAUCACAUUCUGAUAGCAACACAGAUCAGAAUGCUCACUGGCAUUACAAAUGGCACUCUUCAUCCUUUGCCCUUUGCCCUAACAAAAGUAGAUGUUAAAACCAAUAGUGUCAGAGUGACACAAAAGCUGAAGAACAGCUGUGCUCGAAAAAGGACCACAAGAAAUGCAAAAAUGCCUUGGAGCUUGAAAAGCUGGCAAAGGGCAGAAUAACCAAGACAAGAUGGCAAGUGUGUGCGCAUGUGCGACUGCCAGAUGUCCAGGCUUCAUGUUACUCUGUGAAACCAACAUAGGGUAAUAUGUUGUUUAUAUCGGAAUUCAUCCUGUCAAAACAGACAUUUUACAAACAAGGCUUUUAACUUAUAUUUUUGCUUAACUUGAUCUAUAAUGUGAAUAUAACACCUGGAUGGCUUAAGAUGCAAGUUUUUAAAAGUCUCUUCCACAUUCUGCCCUUCAUUAACAACAUUCAUACAAUGCAGACAACACGAAAGAGAUUCAAAGACAGUAAGGCAUUAGCAUUCUGGGGGAAAUUGUCAAAGACUCACACAAAGUUGAAAUUACACACAGCACUGAGUCAGCUAUCUUUAUCACCCUUCCCACCCACCUCUGGCUCUACCCACAGGAAAUGCAAUUUUAUGUUUGCAAGGGGAGACUUGGCCUACAAACCCUACAAAGCUUUUUUAGCUAAUGCCAAGCAGUUCAUCAGAUAUCUUGCCUAUUCCUUCCGGGGCUUCGGCUCAUCUCUUGCAAGGAUUCUGCUCUAGGCUGGCCAUUGAGCUGAGAUUCCCACAAUCCCCCACCAUUGGCUAUACUGGCCAGCGGUCAUGAGAACUGUAGUCCCACAAAAUAAGUGUUGCAGGCCCACAUAUUCUUUUCAGUCUGUACUUUGCACUGGCAGAUUUAUUUAGGUAACUCAGAAUAUGCUCCAUGGGGUUUUCAGGCAGUAUCCCUUCAAGGCACUGACCAGUUGGACAUCUAUGUAGUUCAAUGAGACGUAAAACAUCUCCGGAGUCUUGAGAUGUACAGGCACCUUCACAUCCACUUCUUCAAAACAGUUGGGGGCUUCCUUAAGACAUAAAACCUCAAUUAGGACCAUGGUUGAUCUUCAUGUUUUCUAAGGGAACCUGGGUGAGCCAAAAUCCAAGCAUGACAAUACUUGUUUCACUUUGCUCUUUUCUUUCUACCUUGAGGCAGUUGUCUUCCCACCUCCCACUGAAGACGUUCAGAUGCACUGUAGCAUACCAGUCUUCUGCACCUGUGUCGACAUUAGCCCUUAUCUGAACCCAAACAGGAAACAAGGAGGACUAGGAGAUUCCCUAAAUGACAAAGACAGGAAGGGAGGGGAGAGCACAGAAGAAGGGUUACAAUGCUUCCCACCAUGCAGAGCAAAAAGGAUAAGUAGUAAGGAAACUAGCAAAUACUGAAGCUUGGGCUGGAGCUUCAAUGCAGCAGGAAGUUCAUACAAGUUCUGUGGAGAUGGUUCUGGCAGGCCCAGAGAGGAAGAAUUUUGUUGUAUCAUCUCUGAAAGGUCUUCCUCAGGUGCUGGGCUGUGAUGGCUGUGGUGGGAUGUAGGGUGGAGGAGCUGUC